AUGUGGUUUUUCUUUAAAGUGGCUGUCCUACUAGUAAUUAAACGCUCCUUAGACGAUCGAAAAGAUCCGCCGUCAGAGGCAAAGCGCUCGAAGCGCUCUAAAGGCAAAACCAGUGACAACCAACCAAAGUCAAACGCUGAUUUGCGUGGAAUUGCAACUAGAAUUCUCCUGAAAGGCCUACCUUCAAAAGUCAAAUAUGCGCAUUUCAAAAAAUCUCUUCCUGUUACGCCGAAGAAUAUCACCUUAGCGAAGAAGUCUGGCCAUAGGCGAGCCGUCCUCACCUUCGCCAGUGCAGCUGACUGCUCAGCGGCCUUCGAUGCGUUCCAGACCUUUAUUUAUGAAGGUCACUCACUGGUUCCCGCGUUUGUACGACAACGCGCUACUGCUGUCAAAGCCUCCAUUGUUAAGAGCAAGUCGGUCGCAUUCUUCCUCGACAUUACAAACAUUCCCCUCUCCACCACUAUUGAAGAACUGAAAGAGGCCUUCCCCAAAGCCGUUAACAUUCUCAUGCGAAGUCGCAAAGAUGGCAAAUUUAAAGGGUACGUUUUAGCCUACUAA